AUGCUCCUCCAAAGUCUAUGGAAUCUUAUGGCCUUUGAGCACAUACACCCGAACGAAGGCGAUCCUGCAGAUACGGCCCUUCGUCUCAGCGUGGCAAGAUUUACGCGAAACAUUGUCGCAGGCGUACCCAACAACCAAGACCGUGUAUUUGAGAACGAGAGCCUGAUUCGCUCGCUGCUCUAUCGUUACACAUCGUACUCCGCCGUUCAAGACCCUGCAACCUAUCCGACUACAAGGAUGCUCGUGCAGACUUUGUCAAACCUCGUGACAGGGAACGAUCCAUUGAUAGCGAAGCUAUGGAAACUAUACCUGACACUGCCUGAAGAGCAGCUUGUCCUGCUACGCGAAGACGUAUCCUCGACACUUGUCCUCAUACUCAAUUGUGUUCACUCACACAAUGAGCGAAUGGAAAUGCUGGGCGAUGCCAUCGUUCACAGAUUUGAACUGUUCACUCAGAUCAUCGAAGCCGGGCUCGUUCCAGCAUUAUACAAGGCUAUCUCCAUAACCCAUCACUCCCCCACAAACACGCUCCUAAAGCUCCUUGAUUCGUACCUACACAAGUCAUCUCAAGGAUUGCCAGCGAAGGCGCGCAACGACGCACUGCGAACAACUGAACGUAGUGAGCCCGAGAAUGGCGUUGGCGUUGAGAGCACGCCCUCGCCGCUGAAAGAGCUCGAUCUGCUCCUGCCGAAAGUCUCGGAAGCUCUCGUCCUCGUGUCGCAGUGCCUGACGACGCUCGCUCUCGCGUCUUCAACCGCACAUCUCAUCUCGCUCACAGAGACCCUGCGCCUCCUGGACCUCUUUCUGCCCCGCAUCACGUUCGGAAAGGUUGUUGAGAGGCCUUCGCCACCGGGCAUGCGUCCACCGCCCGCGGACACAGUCUCGAGCACUCAGUCAGGUGUGGAAGGCUUCAGCUACGUGAAGCGCGACCUGGUACGGCUACUCGGUAUCAUCGCUCUUGACGACAACCCAGUGCAGGACAGGGUCCGCGAGUGUGGCGGUAUCCCUGUAGUAAUGAAUCUUUGUGUGAUCGACGACCGGAAUCCUUGUGAACAUAAAGAGCACGCCAUAUUGGCCUUGCGCAACCUCCUUCAUGGGAACAAAGCUAAUCAGGAUGCUGUGAGGGAGAUCCAGCCUGUAGCGCGGUGGGACGAGAGGGGCGUGCUGCAAAGCCUGUCUAGGUACACGAAGUAG